AUGAUCCUCAAUCUGCGUGGCUAUGACGUCGAAGUCCGAUACAUUCCUUGGAAUAAACAAAUUGUAGCAGACACCCUAAGCAGAGCAGCUGUACCAAGUGCUGAGAAGGAAGGAUAGGAGGCCUUUCAAGAAAUAAACCUGGUCCUAUCUGUCUCGGAGGAGCGAUAUGAAGAAUUCAAAAAAGAAAGCAAACUGGAUGCUGAGUUGCAGGCAGUUCGUACCAUGGUGACGAAUAGGUGACCAGAUACUAAGCAGCAAGUUCCUACCGAAGCAAGACCCCACUGGUCAUUUCGAGAUAAAGUUGCAGCAGUAGAUGGACUUCUCUUCAAAGAAACUCGCCUGAUAGUCCCAAAAAGCAUGAGAGCUGAAAUGUUUCGUCAGAUUCACAAGAGGCAUCUAGGAAAGUCAAGUGCAGACAGAGAGGCCGGGAUAUGCUAUUUUGGCCUGGAAUGUCGGUCAGUGGACAUUGAGCAGAUGGUGACCAAUUAUGGUGUGUGCGAACACUACGCUAAUAAGCAGCCCUGAGAGCCUCUGAAACCUACUAUUCCACCAUCACUUCCGUGGAAGAAGAUCGAAACAGAUUUGUUUGAAUUUCGCGGAGAACAUUAUUUACUCUCUGGGUGCUACCGUAACAAUUUCCCGGAAGUCACUAAGCUGAAAUCCUUAAGAAGUGGCGCUGUGGUAGAAGAGCUGAAGAGGCAGUUUGGAGCCCAUGGUAUCCCACCUGAAGUAGUCUAAGAUGAUGGCCCCCAGUUCACUAGCAGUGAAUUUAAAGAGUUCGUAAAGGAUUAGGGGUUCAAGCGCACAACCAGCUUACUGCAUUAUCCAGAAGCCAAUGUCGAAGCUGAAAGAACGAUUCAAACAGUAAGGAACCUGUACCGAAAUAAUGAUGAAAAGUACCUAGCCCUGCUGGAUUAUCGAACAUCACCAUUGCCAGACAUCGGGCUGUCACCAGCGCAACUACUUAUGGGACGCCUACUGAAAAAUGAGCUGCCUAUGAUGGAAAGUUUGCUUACUCCAACCAGCAACAAUCAGAAUGAAAUCUCCAAACACCUGAAGAAGACUAAAGAACAAAAGAAAAGGAACGAUGACCGCCAUGCCAGCAAGAGUAUGCAGAAACUUAAACAGGGUACUAACGUGAGAAUGCAGCCUGAGACGGAUAGCAAGCUAUGGAGAGCAGCAACAGUUUUAAGACAACACCACACCCCAAGAUCUUAUGUAGUGCAAACUGAAGACGGAAGAAACUACCGCCGUAACAGACAGUAUCUACGAGUUUGUCCCGCCCCGGAACAAGAGAUAAAUCCUGAACUGUCAUUAGAGAACAGAGCAAACCUGACGGUUGCCAAGGAAGAGUCUAAUCAAGCUGCACCUCCUGCAGUGCUGCCAGAUCCACCAUCACAAGAGCAGCACUCCCAGCUUCCCAAAGAGAGCAGUGGAACCCCAUAUGUGACCCGGAGAGACAGACAAGUAGUAGAGCCCAACAGGCUUGACCAAGGACUGUGA